AUGGGAGGUCAAGCCGGUCUGAAAUGCCUCCAAUGGAUGCUCAGAGGUGUGCAGCUCUGCGCAGCCGCUCUCAUCCUCGCUGUUUACACCUAUUUUCUCGCAACCCUCGCUGCUUAUCGCUUCCACAUCAGCACGAAGAUUCGGGCCGUGGAGGGCAUAUCCGGUAGCGCGAUGCUCUACUGCCUCCUUGGUCUGCUUCUCAUUUGUUGCAUCGGUGGCAAUCCUAUGGCGUCAUUCAUCGCGGUGAUAUUGGAUGUGGCCUUCAUGGCUUGCUUUAUUUAUCUCGCCGUUGCCAACAAACAUGGCGCUGGGAGUUGCAGGGGCGAGGUCAACACACCCUACGGGAUCGGAUUGGCAAAGUCAAAGGUCAAGGGAAAGAAGGGGGGGUCCUUAGUAUUGCCAUCUUAUCGAGUUGCGUGUCAACUACAGAAGGCUUGUCUAGCUGCAGCUAUUAUCAUGAUAAUACUCCUUCUCAUCUCAAUGAUCAUCAACUUUGCCCUCGCGCGCAGCCACUACGAGAAAAGUCGCACCGAAAACAAAGGCUAUGGCUAUGGGGAAGGAAACGGAUUCUUGGGCCGUACGAAUCCGGACGGCCAAUCGGAAAUGGUGCCCGAUGAUCUACCUCCGCAUACUCAACUUGACGAGAUGAGGGAUAGUUUCAGUCCUAGCAUUUCUAGCCAUACGAGGAUGAAUGGCUAUGGGAUAUCUGAUGAUUACGAACUACAUCCUCGGGUUCCUAAUCCCCCAUACCCAGUAUGA